UUCUUUUUGCUUUUAAUUUUUCUUCAACAACAGUAAUGGAAGAUCAAGGCCAAGAUAGUAACAGUCCUAGUCACGGCUCUGAGAGAAGUGAACCAGUGCGGUCUAGGUGGACUCCAAAGCCUGAACAAAUCCUCAUUCUUGAAUCCAUCUUCAACAGUGGCAUGGUAAACCCUCCUAAAGAUGAAACUGUGAGGAUUCGAAAGUUGCUUGAAAAAUUUGGUUCUGUUGGCGAUGCAAAUGUCUUCUAUUGGUUCCAAAAUAGACGAUCAAGAUCUCGCCGCCGACAACGCCAGUUACAGGCGAGCCUUAAUGCUGGAGAACAAAGAAAUCAACCGCAACCGAGUGGUGCAAUUCAAUACGAAAAUAGCUAUGCUCCUAUGGGCUUCAACACGUCUCCAGCUUUUGCUUCAACUCCAUCUAAUUUUCUUGUUGGUUCUUCUUCUUCUUGUGGAGUUAUGGGUGAUGAUGGUGCGGAGAAUCUUUUUUCAGUGUCUGGUCAAAUGGGUUUCCAAGAAAUUGAACAGAACUCCAGUGUAACUUCAAUAUUAUGCCCUUCAGAAACUUCCAAUUUGCAAUAUCAAUCUGGAUUUAUCACAGUUUUUAUCAAUGGUGUGCCAACAGAAGUUCCAAGGGGGCCUGACAUGAAAGCAGUGUUUGGCCAAGAUGUAAUUUUGGUUCAUUCCUCUGGUGUGCCAUUUACUAAUGAAUUUGGGUUCUUAAUGCAGAGUUUGCAUCAUGGUGAAAGCUAUUUCCUGGUUUCAAGACCGGCAUAAACAAGAAUCAAAGCUGAAACAAGUGGGAGCUUCCUAUAUGUGAGUUCCAGUAUACUAGGGCUGCUAUUCUGUAAUAAUUCAAAGCUCAAGCAAAAAAAAAAAAAA